AUGACUUCCGCACAGUAUAAAAACCGUGUCCUCGACUGCAGCAUUCUGCCAUGCCUCGAAAACCUCAGAGGGAAGAGUGUCAUCGUGACAGGAGGUGCGUCUGGAUUGGGAAAGGCGUUCGUGCACCGUUUCGUUGAAGCUGGUGCCUAUGUAACUUUUGGCGAUGUGAACGAGGAGGCUGGUUUCAAACUCGCUGCGGAACUAGCUGGGCCAGACACUACCAUCUUCGAUGUCAACCUUACGGGAACAAUAUACACAGCAAAACUAGCCAUCCACUACUUUCGACGCCAAUCACUCGAGCCAGACCGUGAUAGGUGUCUGAUUUUGAUUGGUAGUAUUGCUGGUUAUCUUGACUUACCAGGUUCCGCAACAUAUUCGAUGUCAAAGUUUGGUGAAUGCUUGGGUCGAUUCGAUUCGAGUCAAUUUAGUUUCACCAAGGGCGUGAAAUUCGCCUCUGAAAGUGAUGCCUGCAACGCAAUCUUGAGAAUCGCUUCCGAUACAACCGUCAAUGGCCGGUCAAUCGCGGUUGUCUCAAAAGAGGAUUGUGCUGGGGGAUAUUUCGAUCUCGCCGAGGACGAUUUCCCAGAAGGUAGUAAAUUGUAUGACUUACAAAAUGUCGCGAUAAAUGUUGGAUCGCGGACGUAA